UAUGGAGGCGGUGACGCAAAGCAUAUACACAGGUACAUACAUGCAACAAUGCCGUCACUGACUCGCCGCUCUGCUGCACGGACCUGCCAUUGCCAUGGGAUUCCUUGGAGUGGCAUUGAAGCCUAGCUAGCUCUACGUUUGAGCUGCCCCCGUGUGUACGUGCCUGCCCGCCGAUCGGCCAUCCCCUUGGAUCUCGCAGCUUUCUCCAGUUUCAGCUUUUGCUUCUCCUUCUCCCACGUCCUCUCUCUCCCUGACCCUGAGCCAAAGAAUCUCUCCAUCCUCCAUCCUUGAAAUGGUUUGAUGCCUGCAGGCAUCAGCCAUGUCCAGUUCAGCCAGAGGAAUCACCCUCCUCUGCCUCCUCUUGAUCGUGUCAUCCACUGUUCUCCACUUCUCGAUCGGCGGCGGCAGCAAUGGCGAGAAGAGGAGAGACGAUGGUGAUGGUGACGGUGACGAUGAGAAGGUGAGGUUGUUGCUUGGUGCCAACGCUCUGGGCGAGCGGGAUAGGCGGCAUGGGCAUGGGCAUGGAGGUGGUGUCUCUUCGGCGCCGGCGCCGGCUCCGGCUCCGGCUCGUGCCCACCUGCCGCCGCCGCUGCUGCACAAGAACGCGCGGCUCCCGGACCCGGUGCCCGGUAGAGUCGGGCUCGGGCACAGGAGGGGGAACGCCACCGCGGCGCACAGACGGCGCAGCGAGCGGGAAGGGAAGAAGAGCACGCCGCUUGUCGUGGUCGCCGCGGGCGCCGCGCUGUCCGGCGCGGCGGCGGUGCUCCUCGUCGUCCUCGUGGUGUUCCUGGCGUGCAGGAGGUUCCAGAGGAGGGCCAUGCCGGGCGCUGACCAGAGCGGGACAAACAAGGUGAGCUUCGAUCCUGGCCCCGACGUGUUCUACCUGGACGCCGUCAAGCCGUACGUCGAGGCCGACCAUGGCGGCGGCGGCGGUGUUGUGAAGACGGCGCCGGAGUUGGCCGGGCCGAAGGAAGAGCCCAGGUGCGAGGAGGAGGACAGCGGAGUUGCCCUGUCCGACGACGGCGCCGACUCCGUCCAUUCCUCGUGCUGCUUCCACUCGUCGCACUUCUCCUACUCCGAGCUCCGGGACACGAAGCCGGGGAGCAAUGGCGUGUCGCCAUCGCCAUCCGGCCGGUCAAGACGACGGAGCUCCGCCCCUGUGACGCCCUCAGAGAAGAACAAGGCUGCGAGCCCUUAUUCGCCGCAGUGCCCGCGCACGCCGAGCAACAGGGAGCGAUCGUCUCGCGCCCACUCCCCGAGCUCGUCGGUUUCGGACUUGACAUCGGUGUCGACAUCGGUGGUCAAGGAUCAUGAAGUCCGGCGAGCCGUCCAUUCCCUGAUGUUUCCAGAAGCGCAGAGCGGCGGCGCGGGGCACGUGAAGGAAGACGAGGCAGAAUCAGGCAAUAUGAGGCCGCCUCCUCCUCCUCCUCCGCCGCCGCCGCCACCGCCGCCGGCAGUAACACAGCAGCAGGAUGUCAAGACAAGCUGUGGACCGGCCGUUCCCCCACCGCCACCGCCUACGCCUCCGCCGCCACCGCCACUGCUCGCACCGAAACAGCAGAGCAGCGGCGGCCCGAUCCUCCCGCCGGCGCCCGCGCCGCCUCCUCUGUUCAGGCCGUGGGCGCCGGCGGUCGGGAAGAACGGCGCGCCGCUGCCGAAGCUGAAGCCGCUGCACUGGGACAAGGUGCGCGCCGCGCCCAACCGGCGGAUGGUGUGGGACAGGAUCCGAUCGAGCUCGUUCGAGCUGGACGAGAAGAUGAUCGAGUCGCUGUUCGGGUACAACGCGAGGUGUUCGACGAAGCACGAGGAGGUGCAGAGCCGGAGCCCCUCGCUCGGCCACCACGUCCUCGACACCAAGAGGCUGCAGAACUUCACCAUCCUGAUGAAGGCCGUCAGCGCCACCGCCGAGCAGAUCUUCGCCGCCCUGCUGCACGGGAACGGCCUGUCGGCGCAGCAGCUGGAGGCGCUCAUCAAGAUGGCGCCGGCCAAGGACGAGGCCGACAAGCUGUCCGCCUACGACGGCGACGUCGACGGCCUCGUCCCGGCGGAGAGGCUGCUCAAGGUGGUGCUCACGAUACCGUGCGCGUUCGCGCGAGUGGAGGCGAUGCUGUACCGGGAGACCUUCGCCGACGAGGUCGGCCACAUCAGGAAGUCGUUCGAGAUGCUCGAGGAGGCGUGCAGGGAGCUGAUGUCCAGCAAGCUGUUCCUGAAGCUGCUGGAGGCCGUGCUCAAGACCGGGAACCGGAUGAACGUCGGGACUGCCCGCGGCGGCGCCAUGGCGUUCAAGCUCGACGCGCUGCUCAAGCUCGCCGACGUCAAGGGCACCGACGGGAAGACCACGCUGCUGCACUUCGUGGUGCAGGAGAUGACCCGGUCGCGCGCCGCCGAGGCGGCGGACAUCGCCGCGGGGCUCGGCGCCGAGCUCACCAACGUCAGGAAGACGGCGACCGUGGACCUGGACGUGCUCACCACCUCGGUGUCCGGCCUGUCGCACGGCCUGUCCCGGAUCAAGGAGCUGGUCGGGAGCGACCUGUCCGGCGACGAGAGGAACCAGUGCUUCGUGGCGUUCAUGGCGCCGUUCGUCGCCCACGCCGGUGAGGUGAUCCGGGAGCUGGAGGACGGCGAGCGGCGGGUGCUGGCGCACGUCAGGGAGAUCACCGAGUACUACCAUGGCGACGUCGGCAAGGACGAGGCGAGCCCGCUCAGGAUCUUCGUCAUCGUCAGGGACUUCCUGGGGAUGCUGGAGAGGGUGUGCAAGGAGGUGAGGGGAGCCAAGAAUUGCCAUGGCGGGAAUCCUGCCCUGAACCUGAACAAUGUAUGAUACCGCAAAUAUUGGGGUGAAAGAACAACAUUGUAAUUCUUGGCUUCGGAUUGUUCUUGACAUGAUCUUGCCAGAUUAGAACAGAUCAGUUCGUUUAGAUUACAAGCAUCCAGCUCUUCAUCUA